CUGCUUGCGAGCAAGUCCCCACCCCUGCCGCUGGAGGUGCGCCUGGACGCCGGCGGCGGCAAGGGAAAGGGCAUAUUUGUCACCAGUGAUAUCAAAGAAGGGGACCUCGUUUUUGCCGAGCGAGCACUGGCCGGCGUUCAGCAUGCGGAGAACAAAGCGGACGUCCCGGCCUGCCCCCACUGUUUCAGAGCCAUAGUGACGCCUGAGAAAUGCGUGGCAGAUUUGCUCUGCACGGCCAUCGGACGCAUCAGCCGCGCGACAGGCGAGCGGGACGCCCGCGGCGGCGGCGGCGGUGACAGCGGCAGCGACGAUGACGAGGACGACGAGGCCGUGGACCCGUUGGAAGCUGCCCAGAAGGCGCAGCUGAUCGAGGCGGCUGUUGACUCCAAAACCCUGGAGGGACUCAUCAAUGGCACCCACCAGCUGCCACGCAGUGAGCUGGUCCGCACCCCUCAGGCGGUCCCCUGCAUGGGCGGCUGCGAGGAGCGGUACUGCAGUACAGCCUGCGCCCAGGCCGCCUGGCAGCAGUACCACUGCCUCCUCUGCCCAAUUGGUGACGUCAGCGGCGGUGGCGGCGGUGGCGAGACCGACGCGAAGGGGAAGGGCAAGGCGAGGGUGCAGGCAGCGGGGGCUGCCAGCCGCAGAGCCGCAGGCGGCUCCGCCCGCAGCUCAUCCCGCGGCGGCGGCGCCGGCGGCAGCGGCGGCCGGCGGGGCGGCGGGGCCGCGGCAGAGGUGGUGGUGUGUGGCGUGCGGCUGCGGCGGGCGCGGCUGGCGGCGUUUCUGGAGGAUGCUGACGAGGCGAACGACAUGCUCCGCUUGGCUGCCCAGCAGCAGCAGCAGCAGCAGCAGCAGCAGCAGCAGCAGCAGCAGCAGCAGGAACAGCAGCAACAGGAGCAGCAGCAGCAGCAGCAGGAGCAGGGGCAGCAAGAUCAGCAGGCUUCAGGCGUCGUUGCCUCGGCUGUGGAGGCGCCCUACAGCGCAGGUGCGGCCGAGGCUGAGCCCCGGCUCAGGCACGAGGCGCUGCAGCGCACGUGGCUGCAAUUCGCUGUCGCCGAGAAGGCGCCCUUCUGGGACGUGGUGGCGGCAGAGGAGGGGGAGGAUGAGGAGGAGCUCAGGGCUCAGAUCAGGUACCAUCAAUGA